CGCGGCUUUUUUCGUUUAGUGCCUAAGUGUAUGCACACUUGAUCAAGGUUUUAUAGUGUUUUAAACCUGUUGGUAGACAUGACAGAUGUCAGAGCGUUGAGUGUUUUUCAAGAGCGGGUGAAAUCUUUGUUCGGCUCAUUUCUUGAUGUCCUGCUGGUUGAAAUUACAGAAGCGUAUAGAGAGAGUUUCGCAGACAGCAUGUGCCUAAACCACUGUCACAUUGCUUACCAUGGUGAACAAUGUGCCAGUAAUCGGCUUGAGAGCAAUGACAAUAAGCAGGACAGUGAAGUCAGAGUGGAAUCUGAAGAGUCCCAACUAUUAAUGAGCUUUCAAUGUAGUGACACAGUCACUCCAUUGCAGUUGACGCACAGGGAAUCUGAACAACCAGAAGUAGAACCAAACCAGUCCAACACCCUGAAAAUUCUCAAUCCGUAUCCAGUGCAGGUGUCAUCUCCUAUAUUAACAGCACAGAUAAAACAGGAUGACAUACAGAUAGCCAUUGUAGAAGAUAUGAUGAUACAAACUACAGAAUCCAUAAAUGACAAUGAAAUGCAGACAUUUCUGGAGAUUCCCAACAUACCCAUCGGAAAGCCUGAAGAAGGGCCGCCAACUGUUGAUCAUCAGCCAGAAACAUCGGGCAAGACUGAACCAGAGCCCGAACAAGUCAUUAAACGUGAAAAUGAAGAUGUCGCUGUGACGACUGAAGAAGAAGAACUAGAAACUGGAUGUCGAGAGGAGACGCAGGUGUGCCAGAUCUCAGGUGAAAAUACUCAAGCUCAGCUGAAGCCUGAAGAUGGUGAGCUUCAUGAACCAGUAGAGUUAGACCAGAGCACCUCUUUUCAACGAGAGGAUGCCUGUCUUCACUGGAAUCAGUCUUCUUUUGGGGUUUAUUUUGGCACUGUACGAAGCCAGAUACCUCAGAGCCAUCUUGUAAAAAUGGAGUCACAGGAAAGGCUUGAACCUUUGCAGAAGCUGGACAACUGUCAACUGUCCAAUCGCUCUUCGACGCCUCAACACAGGGGGUGUUUAAGACCUUGCUUUGUACAACUCCAGAAGGCUGAAAUACUCCAAAGAUCCAUCAGCCAGUCUAGACAACUGCAUGUUUGCAGUAUCUGUAACAAAUUCUUUAUCUACAAGAGAACCCUAAGAAGGCACAAACGCUUCCACACCGGCGAGAAACCCUACAGCUGCUCGCUCUGUUCCAAGACCUUCAUCCUACGCAAAACCCUCCGUCAGCACAAGAAACUACAUUUAAGGAGACCGUACAGCUGCACUCAAUGUGGCAAGAGGUUCAAACACUGGAGAAAGCUACGCAUCCAUUGGCGUUCUCAUGCCGGAGAGAGUCCGUUCAAGUGUAGCCUUUGUGGGAAAUGCUGCAAGACUCUAAAGAGCCUUGACCGGCACCUGGCUUAUGUCGACCACACCUGA